UGUCAGUAGCGAUGUAAACACUUCACUCAUGUGCUGGGGAUUUAACCUGCAGGUUCGUGUCAGCUCUUUCCAUAUCUGUCUUCAGAAUAAACGCUCAGGUGUGCAGGUUUACCGGGGUUGUUUCUGGGCUGCGGGUUCAAAUCCAUCCAGUUUUUGCACAGAUGGCAGUAAAUUUCUCAUUUCCAGCCAGUGCUGUUAGCUACAGUAGCUACAACUAAGACCAGCUGAGACCAGCCUGUCCAAACCUCAUGUUGCUGCGUCAGCAUGGCUUCAAACUCCGGUUUCGCCCCCCCAAAGCUGGCAGACUUCAUCCUCACGGAGAAGCUGGGCAGUGGCACGUACGCCACCGUCUACAAAGCCUACAGGAAAGCCAACAGUCGGGAAGUGGUGGCAGUGAAGGUUGUUGGGAAGAAAACUCUGAACAGAACCUCCACAGAAAACCUGCUGACAGAGAUCGAGAUCCUGAAGACCGUGCGUCACCCUCACAUAGUCCAGCUGAAAGACUUCCAGUGGGAUGCUGAGAACAUUUACCUGAUCCUGGAGUGGUGUUCUGGCGGAGAUCUCUCCCGCUUCAUCCGGAGCCGCAGGCUUUUACCCGAGAGCGUGGCCAAACGCUUCCUGCAACAGAUAGCUUGUGCCCUGCAGUUUCUCAACGAACGAAACAUUUCCCACCUGGACUUGAAGCCCCAGAACAUCCUGCUCAGCGGUUCCGUCCUCAAACUGGCCGACUUCGGGUUCGCCCAGUACAUGUCUCCGUGGGACGAGCAGUGCGCGCUGAGGGGAUCUCCGCUCUACAUGGCUCCGGAGAUGGUUUGCCGGCACCAGUACGACUCCAGGGUGGAUCUCUGGUCUGUGGGCGUCAUCCUGUACGAGACGCUGUUUGGACGACCACCCUUCGCAUCAAAGUCUUAUGCUGAAUUGGAGGAGAAGAUUCGGAGCAACCAACCUGUGGAGCUUCCUCCCGGGGCCAGAGUUUCCCAGGACUGCAGGAACCUUCUGUUGCGGCUGCUGGAGAGAAAACCCGACGCCCGGAUCACGUUUGCCGAGUUCUUCAACCACCCGUUCGUAGAUCUGGAGCACAUGCCGAGUGCGGAGAGCAUCGUGAAGGCAAAAGCGCUGGUCGUGCAGGCGGUGGAGAAAGACCAGGAGGGGGAGAAGUCCGCCGCUCUUUCCCUGUACUGUAGCGCGCUCGAGCACUUUGUUCCUGCUAUUCACUACGAGACUGACCGACAACGCAAAGACGCCCUGAGGCAGAAGGUGAAGACGUACGUGUCCAGAGCGGAGGAGCUGAAAGCUCUGCUGGCCUCGGACAACAGACGGAGCUUUGAGGAGGCUCGGACCUCCAGAGACGUCCUCCGAGAAAUGUCUCAGGACCAACCACGACUACUGGCUGCUCUGGAUUUGGCCUCCGUCGCCGUCGCAAAGGAAGAGAGCCGAGCAGACGAUCACGAGGCUCUGGAUCUGUACCAGCACUGUUUGGGGGAACUGCUGUUGGCGCUGGCAGCGGAGCCGCAGGGCCGCCGGAGAGAGCUGCUGCACAGCGAGAUAAAAAGCCUCAUGACCAGAGCUGAAUACCUCAAAAAGCAUAUCAAGAUGCAGGAGACGCAGAGGGAUGUGUCUCUGGAUCGAGAAUCUCUCUCAGAUUCCGUGAAAAGCUCCUGCUGUGUGCAGUGAUCGGAGCGGCAGCGGGAUGAGACCGGGACGUGUCCGCCGGGGAGAGGGUCUGGCUGACGCGGAGCCUCCACUUCCACCUUCGUCUCCACCUCCACCUUCACCUCCGCCUCAGAUCACCCCACGUCCUCACCAGCCCAGAAAACUCUGUCUGGGAGGGAACGCUGCUGCCGCCGCAGCCAAGAGCAGCUAGCGUUCUGGCCGCUGCUGAAUAGCUUUGCUACCCAGUGAACUGGCAGGUAAAGACUUCACUUCCUCCCCCCAAAUACUGGAGAGGAGGGGAGGGGCGGUCAAGGUAAAACGGACUUGUGGAGCUUCUGAAAGUAGCUCUCAAUAUUAGGAUUCGUGCACUUUGAAAGUGUCGGAGUGAGUCGCCUCCUCCCCCUUUCCUCCCCCUUUCCUCCCAACGCAGCAUUCAUAUGUAAAUGUUGGACAGCUUGUAUCACAAUACCACACUGUCACGCUAAAGGAGUGAAACUGAGACUGCAGCACUUAUUUCAGCCCAGAACACUGGCAAACUGAUAUAAAUAAAUAAAUCAGUAAACGUCAGAUGGAGUGGAAUGUAAGUUGUUGAGAUGAAUCUCAGCUGUUUAGAUCUGUAGUUUUAGGUAAAUGAUUUAAUGGCCUGUGCAAACAUGCAUACAGUCCCUCGCCCUCGGCUUCUUCACUGCCUUUACUGUGGGUGGACCGCAGCCCCCCCACCAAACCCCCGCCGCCGCUGCAGAGAUAAAACCUCCGCCUUAUUUACACGGGCCUGGCAUUUUCUGAGGUUUGGCACCGAAGGUCCAGGUUCCCGUGCUCGUGCAAAGCCAAAACAGAACUGUCCCAGAAAAUUAGAAUAUUGUGAUAAAGUUCUUUAUUUUCUAAAAUGAUAUAAAAAUGUCAUACAUUCUGGAUUCAUUACAAAUCAACUGAAAUAUUGCAAGCCUUUUAUUAUUUUAAUAUUGCUGAUCAUGGUUUACAGUUUAAGAAAACUCAAAUAUCCUAUCUCAAAAAAUUAGAAUAUUCUGGGAAUCUUAAUCUUAAACUGUACCUACCUGGACGGUAGAAGGACUUCAGCAGAGGAAAAAAUGGAAACUUCUUAACCCUUUUAGGUCAAAAUUUAUACUGUAAACAGUAUGUUUCAUUGAAUAAACAAACACAUCGGUACAUUAAUGCGUUAUCUGGUAGCUGCACUGCAAAAACUCACAAUCUUAACAAGAAUAUUUGUCUUAUUUCUCGUUAAAAUGUCUGAUUUUAAGUCAAAAAAAUCUCAUUACAUUUAAAACAAGACUCAUCACUGGAAAAAACAACAAUUUU